UAUACAGUCUAUCACUCCUCGACAGAGAGAAGAUGUCACAGUAUUGGAGCAAGCUGCUCAAGGGCAGCAGCCGAAGAGAGCUCAAGCAUCACACUACCUUUCAACUCGGAUAUGGUACCGGCCCGGAAGUGGUCAAGACACUGCCGACCGCCAUGAUCAACUCGGAGGACUUCACUUUCGCCAACGUGCUCAAAGCAGCCUGGGCAUACGUCCUCGCCAGGCACUUGGCGACUAAUGAUAUUGUCUUUGGCAGUCUCGUCCAUGGUCGCAGCCAAGCAGGCAGCCAAGACGUCUUUGGUGCAUGCAUCAAUAUCAUACCGUAUCGCAUCAUCUUUGAGCAGAAUUGGACAGCAAGAGAUCUCCUCACAGCUGUAGCUGCUCAACAGCUAGCCAGCACGCCCUUCAAGAGCAUGGGCGGUCAGAGCAUCAUUCGCAAUUGCACUAACUGGAUCAAGUGGUCGUUCUUCAGCUCCGUGAUCAUCCAUCAGAACUUCGAACAUCGCAGUCUGCGAGGAAGGACUGUGGACUUCGAUAGUGCCGACUUAUCUACAGGUGAUGUUGACGAUGUUCAGGUAUAUGUCAUCUCUACGCCGGGAGAAGAUGGUAUGGAGAUCCUCCUCAGUUUCAAGGAUCAAGUCGUUCCGCAGGCACUAGCGGAGAGAAUGGCAUCAGAUCUAAGCGAGAGCAUCACUAGGUUAUACACAAAGAUGGGUGCCAAGCUCAUGGCGCCCAUGGCGCCGAGGGAGACCUAUGAUAUGUUGGCCUUGCUGCCACUGCCAGAGGAGAAGCGCAGCAGUGUGUCGCCUACCAGUGAGCAAUUGACAACUCUGGCAAAAUGCUCGGCAGAUUUGAGAACCGCUCUCGGCGCGGCGUGGUGCGAUGUUUUGUCUACACAAGAAAUACCCUGCGACAACUCCACAGAGUCUCUGUUCGACCUCGGAGGUGAUGCGAGCAGUGCUGGUCAGCUUGCCGCUCAUUUGCAGAGGCGUAGCUAUCGUGUCAGAAUUGAAGAAGUUGUUGAGCAUCCAUCUUGGUUUGAAUUGCUGCUUUGCUUGAGCCAGCCGCAGAGAGGAGUCAAGGCAAACGAAUAG